GGGAACCUCCCACAAAGGAUAGAAAAAGUAUAUAUAAGCCCAUGUACAGAAAACAAGACAUAGGGUAGGGGGGCAAAUGACCACAGGGCGUCUCUUGCUUCUACGACAGAAAAGAAAGGAAAAUGGACACAGAGAUUUCUUCGGAUCAAUAUUGCUUUCCAUCAGUGAAUGGCUCCUGCAUGAAAGGCACCUACAAUCAGGGAACACAAGUAGUUUUAUACAUCAUGUUUUGGACCAGCAUGGUGAUUACUAUUUUGGGCAACUUGGUUGUUAUUAUCUCUAUAAUGCAUUUCAAACAGCUGCACACGCCGACAAACCUGCUUGUAAUGUCCCUGGCACUCGCGGACCUGCUGCUGGGAUUGACUGUGAUGCCGUUCAGCAUAGUCAGAUCUGUGGAUGGGUGCUGGUAUUACGGCAAUGCUUUUUGUUUACUGCAUUCCAGCUUUGACAUGUUUCUCACCUCUGCCUCAAUUUUUCACCUGAUAUCCAUAGCCAUUGAUCGACACCAGGCUGUCUGUUACCCUCUGCUGUAUCCUACAAGCAUAACAAUACCUGUGGCUUGGCUUAUGAUAGCUGUGAGUUGGGCCAUUGCUGCUGCCUACUCGUUUGGCCUCCUUUAUUCCAGGGCAAAUGUUGCAGGGCUUGAUGACUUCCUUAAGUCUAUAUACUGUAUUGGUAGUUGUAACCUUCUGUUCAAUGCACUAUGGGGGGCACUGGAUACCUUGAUAGCAUUUUUCUUACCUUGUACUAUUAUGGUAGGUCUGUAUGCAAAAAUAUUCUCCGUGGCCAAAGGUCACAUAAAAAAGAUUGAAGAUGUCAACCGAGAGCUUAAUUUGAAAAAUGAACAUGUGCAAAGCUCAGAGCGUAAAGCAGCAAAAACUCUUGGGAUUGUUGUUGGUGCUUUCAUUUUUUGCUGGAUGCCUUUCUUUGUCAAUUCAAUUGUUGAUCCGUACACCAAUUUUUCUACCCCAGCUAUUCUUUUUGAGAUUUUUACCUGGCUGGGUUAUUUUAAUUCGACUUUGAAUCCAAUAAUAUAUGGGCUCUUCUACCCUUGGUUCAGAAAAUCCCUUUAUUUAAUUGUCACCCUUAAAAUAUUUAGUCCACAUUCAUCUGACAUAAAUAUAUUCCCUUCUUAGAGCUAUGUUCCAGGAUCGGUGAAUUAAGACUCCAUGUAUCCCAGUACUUCUGAAAUACUGAAUACUAAGGAAACUGUUGCUGCCCUUUACAGUGGAAUGGGAAAAGUGCCUUCUUUGUAAUUGUUAAUAUAUAUCUUAUAAUUCUCGUACAGUUCUGUGUGACAGUGUUUCAG